AUGGGAUUUCUUCAGAAUCUUUGGCUAUCUUUAAGAUCACUCAAACCCUGCAGUGGUCAACGAUGCUCACUCAGAAAUCAGAAUGUCAUGUCUUCCAUCAUCGGGUUUUACAGAAAACAUAAAAGACUCAUAAAUGCUCUAUCGGCAAGAAUACUAUAUUUGGCGUACAUAAUCUUCACCGUCUACCAGACAUAUCUGAUUCUACCAUUUCAAAGCCGAAAAGACCGGAACACAAUUUUUCUACUUUUCACUGGUCUUCUUGGCUUUGUCUUUGAGUUCUGGCAUGCAAUAUUCAUCCGAAAAGGCAACGAAAUCAGAUGGCUUGUCACAAUGAAUUUGGCCAUGUUGUCUGCCGCAGUGCCUUGUAUCUGGCUCAUGGAAGGCGAACUUCUCGAGAAACGCGUUUUGAAGCUUGAGUACUCGCCGCCGGGAGUGAUGGCGCAAAUUGGAGGAAUCUCUUUUGAGGCUCCUGAUAUGGUGUUGUUUCUUGAGCAGAUUCUGAUAUUCGCGCUGGUUAUUGGAAGAUGGCUUGCUCCGAAGAAUGAUGAUCAAGAUGGGGAUUACUUUAGUGCGAUUUUGGUUGGAAACCUUGCCGUUGGUGCCGAUAUUCUAGAGCUCUUGGAGUCCCUAGGCGAUGAAAAUCUAGGUGUCAAUGAAGUAGCUGUUUAUUCAAUUCUUGCUUUGUGGAGUUUGUCGCUGAUAAUUUUUGGAUUUGAAGUUCCUAAUGAUGUUCUUAUGAAAGAAGAUUCAUCGAGAAAAUACGUGGAGAUCGAUAGUUUACCAAGAGCAAAAGUACUCAGCAGAUUCCUCACCGGAGAUAUCAUGAGUCCUGAAAUGUUACAGAUAACAACAGGCCUGUUUUUCUUGGAUGUCCCUUAUCUUAUUCUGAGAAUCGUACUCAUGGUUGAGCAUGGUUUUUACACAAGCUCUGGGCUUUUCUUUGCGAUGAAAAAUAGUUUGAUGCUUCUUCUCCAGAGCUAUCGGCUGUAUAAACUUCAAAAAUCUCUUCCGAAAUUCAGGCAUCAAAGAAGACUCUUGAGUACAGUACCUAUUGACUCUCCGAUAACAGAGUCACGAAAAUCAACUGAAUCUGAAGACAAACGACCUUCAAGGAACAAAAUUACACCCUCAAUAUCCUUCAAAGAACUGAAUUCUGAAUCAACCUCCUCAUGA